AUGCAGCUUACCGACGCAGAAGCCGACCGGGUGAAGAACUGGGUUGUCAAGAAGCUGGAGGACAUCUCCGAUGCAGACUCAGAUGUUCUCGCAGAUUACGUGCUGGCACUUAUCAGGUCGGACGCGCCAGAUGAUGAAAUCCGAAAAGUCUCGAUAGAGAACCUCGAAGACUUUCUCCGCGAACAUACUACCCCGUUUGUCAAUGAGCUCUUUGCCAACUUUGGCCCCAACUCAGCCCCCGCGCCAGCACCAGCACAGCAAGCUCCUCAAGCCCAAGCCAUCCCGCAACCCGUUCCCACAGCCCCGUUCCAGCAGCAAUUCGGCGCACCCACUGGCGCACCCACCGGCCCCAGGGGUGAUUACAACAGUCGCAAGCGGUCAUUCAACGAGGGAUUCCAAGGCGAGCCAGAGCGUGAUGGUGGAAAUAUGCAGAAUCGUGCUAUGAAAACUCCGCGCCGAGGCCGCGGCGGUGCUCGUGGGGACUGGAUGGGCAGAGGAGGCCAUAUGCAGGGUCCUGGGCAGCAGUUUCAGCAAGGGCAGCCUGGUGGUUUCCCCAUGGUGCCUGGAUUCCCGCCAUUCGACCCGAAUGAUCCUAUGGCAGCUAUGAUGGCUAUGCAAGGCAUGGGUUUCCCCCCAGAUGCCCGGCAUGCCGCCUAUGCCAGGAAUGCCUGUAGGCCCAGGCCAGCCCGGUGCCGAAGAAAUGGCCAGCCAGCCUUGCCCGUUGUAUGA